AUGUUUGCCAAGGUUUCUCAAGAUCCGGGCGGACGCCUUGGCAUCAUUUAUUUUGCCUCAGUCGCUUUGAGCUCAGCCUUUGUGGCGUGGAUCGCUCAAAAAUGGUGGAAGAGACAGCAUGGGACGACGGGAGACGACGGGAUAUUUGACGACGUUGGGGAGUCCCCGCUCUUUGACCCCAACUUUGUCUUCCCAGCGAAGCUGGCAGUGAAGAGGGCUUCCGACGCCGGCAGGGACUUGGAGUGCGCCGGCCCACUUUCCAUGGCCGAGCGUGAGGGGGCAUUGCGGAUGGCGCGGAGACUCAUGCGUCAGCUGGGUGGUGGGGCGUACAAUGAGGAGGGGGAAAACAACAACAAGAACGAAGAAGAGGAGGCGGAGAGCUCCAGCUCGGGGGAUGAGACGAACGUGUCUCUCAACUAUCACAUUGCCACUGAGCUGGAGAAAGAAGCGCGUGACAGUCUGGUGGAGGCGGUGAUUCACAGCGAGCUGCUGAAGAUGGAGGCACAGGGAAAGCGCAUUGACCCCAGUGAGUGUGCGAAUAUCUUGGCAAAGUUGGUGGAAUAUUUUGAUAUUUCGAAUGAGCGAGAGAAGUUGCGUGAGCGUCGAAUCGCCAUGCGACCAAAUGAAACUACCAAUAACGGAUUUCCAUGGGCGAACAGCGAUGGCUAUAACGAUCGCAUCGCUCAGCAGAUGGCGAAAAUCAAUGAGGCAUAUGCCGGUUUCUUCUCUCGCGAGACAGAAAUGGAUCAGCGUCUUCGUGCAUUCAACAAGGACGGAGCGGAGGAGCGUUUUGAGAUGGACUGGGAUGGGGCUGAUGAUGACGACGAAGAGGCCGACUUAAUGAAUUACCUCGACCAGGACGAUGCGGCCGGGUACGGCAGCCGAAUGGAAUUGCGUAUGAGGGCUAUGGGAAAAGACAACUUACGCAUGAUGGAUGUGGACGGUGAAAUGAACUAUCGCGACGACGACGACGAUGAUGAUGAUGAUGAUGAUGGAGAGUUUGAGGAGGAAGAGGAGUCCGACGACAUUUAUGAAAAAACCGGUUUUGAGCGGAUGCUGCUUGACAAACUUCAUCAGUUGGCAGCGAGCCUUGGGGAAAAGACGACGUCGUCAUUGGGAACGGGAGCCGCAGAGCUUCCUCGUAUUAAUGGAACGGUGGCUGCUUGCGAUGCAGAGCGAGAAAAGGAGGAGGAGGAGGGAAGCAGUCAAAAUGAAUGGGAGACGGAGAGCGACGAUGACGAUGAUGAGGACGAAGAAACGAAGGAAAAGUAG